UGCGCAUUUCGACAGGUGGUGGAGGCUGUUUCCGGGCUUAGGGGGCUGGAGCUGCUGCCGAGUAAGAGGCGGUGUUGGCGGCGGCCGGAGACCGCUGAGUGCGGGCUUGGGGGGCCAGGCCCUGCGGAGGACAAGGGAAGUUAUCUUUUCUUUCCCGACGGGGCCGGUGGAGCCGGUGGCUGAGCGGCAAGAUGAAUUUCCUCCGCGGGGUUAUGGGGGGUCAGAGUGCCGGACCCCAGCACACAGAAGCCGAGACGAUUCAAAAGCUUUGUGAUAGAGUAGCCUCAUCUACUUUACUGGAUGAUCGAAGAAAUGCUGUGCGUGCUCUCAAAUCAUUAUCUAAGAAAUAUCGCUUGGAAGUGGGUAUUCAAGCUAUGGAACAUCUUAUCCAUGUUUUACAAACAGAUCGUUCGGAUUCUGAAAUAAUAGGUUAUGCUUUGGACACACUAUAUAAUAUAAUAUCUAAUGAUGAAGAAGAAGAAGUAGAAGAAAACUCCACAAGACAGAGUGAGGAUUUGGGAAGCCAGUUUACAGAAAUUUUCAUUAAGCAGCAAGAAAAUGUCACUCUUCUGUUAUCUUUAUUAGAGGAGUUUGAUUUCCACGUCCGCUGGCCUGGUGUGAAGCUUCUUACUUCUCUUUUAAAACAACUAGGGCCUCAAGUGCAGCAAAUUAUUUUAGUCAGUCCUAUGGGUGUUUCAAGGUUGAUGGACUUAUUAGCGGAUUCCAGGGAAGUUAUACGUAAUGAUGGCGUCUUACUACUACAGGCACUAACAAGAAGCAAUGGAGCAAUCCAGAAAAUUGUUGCUUUUGAAAAUGCUUUUGAGAGACUACUGGACAUUAUUACCGAGGAGGGGAACAGUGAUGGAGGUAUAGUAGUGGAAGAUUGUCUGAUUUUGCUUCAAAACCUGCUAAAAAACAACAAUUCCAAUCAAAAUUUUUUUAAAGAAGGCUCAUAUAUUCAGCGUAUGAAACCUUGGUUUGAAGUUGGAGAUGAAAAUUCAGGCUGGUCCGCACAGAAAGUGACUAAUCUGCACCUAAUGCUACAGCUUGUUCGUGUACUGGUUUCUCCAAAUAACCCUCCCGGUGCUACCAGUAGCUGCCAAAAAGCUAUGUUCCAGUGUGGCUUACUGCAGCAGCUUUGCACUAUCCUAAUGGCCACUGGAGUUCCUGCUGAUAUCCUGACUGAGACCAUUAAUACUGUAUCAGAAGUUAUUCGAGGCUGUCAAGUAAACCAAGACUACUUUGCUUCUGUAAAUGCACCUUCAAACCCACCAAGACCAGCCAUUGUAGUACUUCUUAUGUCCAUGGUUAAUGAAAGGCAGCCAUUUGUAUUGCGCUGUGCUGUUCUCUACUGUUUCCAGUGUUUCUUAUAUAAAAAUCAGAAAGGACAAGGAGAAAUUGUGUCAACACUUCUGCCUUCCACUAUUGAUGCAACAGGUAAUUCAGUCUCAGCUGGUCAGUUGUUAUGCGGAGGUUUAUUUUCUACUGAUUCACUUUCAAACUGGUGUGCUGCUGUGGCCCUUGCCCAUGCUUUGCAAGAAAAUGCUACCCAGAAAGAACAAUUGCUCAGGGUUCAACUUGCUACAAGUAUUGGCAACCCUCCAGUUUCUUUAUUGCAACAGUGCACCAACAUCCUUUCACAGGGAAGCAAAAUACAGACAAGAGUUGGAUUACUGAUGUUGCUUUGUACCUGGCUUAGCAACUGCCCCAUUGCAGUAACACAUUUUCUUCACAAUUCAGCCAAUGUUCCCUUUCUUACAGGACAAAUUGCAGAAAAUCUUGGAGAGGAAGAACAGUUGGUCCAAGGCUUAUGUGCUCUUCUGUUGGGCAUUUCGAUUUACUUCAAUGAUAACUCACUUGAGAGCUAUAUGAAAGAGAAACUGAAACAGCUGAUAGAGAAGAGGAUUGGCAAAGAGAAUUUCAUAGAGAAACUAGGAUUUAUUAGCAAACAUGAGUUGUAUUCCAGAGCAUCUCAGAAACCCCAGCCAAACUUCCCCAGUCCAGAAUACAUGAUAUUUGAUCAUGAGUUUACAAAGCUGGUAAAAGAGCUUGAAGGUGUGAUUACUAAGGCUAUUUACAAGUCCAGUGAAGAAGAUAAACAAGAAGAAGAGGUGAAGAAAACACUAGAGCAGCAUGACAGUAUUGUGACUCACUACAAAAAUAUGAUUCGAGAGCAAGAUCUGCAACUUGAGGAAUUGAGGCAGCAGAUUUCUACGUUAAAAUGUCAAAAUGAACAGCUCCAGACAGCAGUCACACAGCAAGUAUCUCAGAUUCAGCAACACAAGGAUCAGUAUAAUCUUCUUAAAGUACAGCUAGGAAAAGACAAUCAGCAUCAAGGUUCUUACAGUGAUGGGGCUCAGAUGAAUGGUAUUCAGCCAGAAGAAAUUGGUAGGUUGCGAGAAGAGAUAGAAGAAUUAAAAAGUAAUCAGGAACUUUUACAAAGCCAACUGGCUGAAAAGGACUCUUUCAUUGAAAAUUUGAAAUCGUCCCAACCAUCACCUGGCACAAAUGAACAGUCUUCAGCGACAGCUUCGGCAAGAGAUUCUGAACAAAUUGCAGAAUUAAAACAGGAACUGGCAGCAUUAAAGUCUCAGUUAAACUCACAGUCUUUGGAGAUCACCAAACUACAGACAGAAAAGCAGGAGCUGUUACAGAAAACAGAAGCAUUUGCAAAAUCAGUUCCUGUACCAGGAGAGAGUGAAACUGUAAUAGCUACAAAAACUGCUGAUGUAGAAGGAAGACUGUCAGCAUUAUUACAAGAAACUAAAGAAUUAAAGAGUGAAAUUAAAGCUCUGUCUGAGGAAAGAACUGCUAUUAAAGAGCAGCUGGAUUCAUCUAACAGUACCAUUGCCAUUUUACAAAAUGAGAAAAACAAGCUUGAGGUGGACAUUACAGAUUCUAAAAAAGAACAAGAUGAUCUCUUGGUGCUGUUGGCUGAUCAGGAUCAGAAAAUAUUUUCAUUAAAGAAUAAACUCAAGGAACUUGGUCAUCCAGUUGAAGAAGAGGAUGAACUUGAAUCCGGAGACCAAGAUGAUGAGGAUGAUGAAGAUGAAGAUGACAGCAAGGAACAGGGUCAUAUCUAGCUUUACAGUCUCUAGGAAUGAUAGGAGUUACAUUGUAACUUUGAAGACGGAGUCUUAAGACAGUGCUUUGGUUUGCCUCCACAGAAAGUAAAGAUUUAGAAACCAAGUGGCAGACAUUCACUAAUACAACUAUUGAUGUAUUUUUAAAAUGAAGCCACCACCCAUGUUGAUAAUCCUGUUAUUCUAACUUUAUGUAGAACACACAUCUUUUAUUGAACUGGACUAUCCCAAAAUAUAAUUUGCAAAGAGCUUCAGACACCAAAAAUAUAAUAUUUUCAGGCAUGUGGUGGCAAUGCUCUUUGCCUUUAGCUCAUUGGUUGUUUAUAUAAGUUCUGUAUUUGUCUGCUAUUUUUACUUUUCAGAAUUUGUGACUUUAAAUACUAACACAAUUGAUUUAAUGUGUGUUGGAAUCAUUGUUUCUAAAUUCAGUAUUGGAGUUCUUAGCUAAUGAUUUCCUUUUAAAGGAAUGGAUUUACUUAAAGGCAAGAUAGCAUUAUUCUGGGGGAUAAUAUAUCAUCAGCCCUCCAUCCAGUGUUGACUCCUAAGAUGAGCAGGAUAGGACAGUUUAGAAUGAGUGCCUUGACACUUGAUAAUGGCUGCAUUCUGUACCUCAGUGAAGAAGAAGGAUAUUAGCACACAGUGAAGAGGAGGGUGUUUCUGAGAAACUUCUGCAGCAGUGUAUCAGCAUGUGUUUGGUUUUGGUUUUAUUUUUAAGCUAAACAUUAAAACAGAUUACAAGUUAACAGCUCAUACAGCUCAGAAUUAGUAGUGUUUGAUUAUUAUAAAACCUGUUAUGUUCCUAGUUUUAAAAAGAUCCAAACUAUGGUUUAUAUAAUUUAUUGGCAUUUUUGCUGAAUAGGUUUAAGUCAGAUAAUAGAUUUUUAAAAAGCAAUGAAGCAGUGUGUCAAAAUUUAAUGUUUUCGUAAUAAAAAUAGAUAUUAUGUUCACUUAAUCCCUGGUCAUGGUUCCCUUUUUUAGAUUUUGAGAGUAGUAGUCUCUGUACAAGAUGAGGCAGAAGGAAGUGUGGAAAGGAGUCCUUCUCUUACUAAAAGAACUUUGCUAUAACUGCAUGAUAACAGCAAUCUUAUCAUUUAAAGCCAAUAAUUAGGAUUCCAUAAGAACGGAGGGGGCUAAUUGGAGCAAAAGCAGAAGUUGGAGAAGGGUUUGGAUGUUUCUAAAUUGAGCAUUGAAGUUCUUUCUUCACAAUGAUUUCUAUUUAAAGAAGUAGGCUUUCUUAAAGGCAAGACAGCAAGAGUUGGGGCAUUAUGUAUAUCAUCUGCCUCCUGGCUUCAGGAAUAAUUUGAGCAGUCCGCUAAGGGGCCCAGACUUUUGAAAGAAGUAUCUUCACAUGUCUUGAAAGGGGAGAUGGCUGUGUGUUACAGAGCACCCGUGAAUACUGCACCGCGCCCCUGCCUAAUCCCACCGCUGCCACGCCAUCCUGAGAUGGCAUCUGCCGUCAGAGAACCACAUGAUUAUUACUGGACCAGCUCAGACCGUGUGAAGUUUUCCCAAACUUGACACCACGUAGUGAACAUGUCAGGCUAAUGUUACAAGGAUAAGGAAAAAUGUGUCAGGAGUAAGAAUAAUACUUCCAGAAAUAAUGGAAUACCAAAGAUCUUCAGAAAGAAACAUCUGCAGAAUCAGUGAUAGUUUGCCAAAGUGCAGUCACUCAGGCUGGCUUGGAGUAGAGAAGACACAAGAAGGCCUCGAAGCUGCACAGUCCAGCCUGGAGCCCAAACGGACACCUUCCUAAGAUAGCUCUAGUUUUUUUGGGUUUUGUUUGUUUGUCUGUCUGUCUUUGCCUGGAUUGCUUCUGGAGCCUCCUAAACUGGUCUCUGCGCCUCCAGUUGGUUGCUGCGUCUGCAGGCCAUCCUCCAUGUUCACCACAAUAAGCUUUCUGAAAUGCAGAUUGGAGCCCUUAGCCAUGUGGAUAAGACUCUUUGUGCUCUACCACUCUCUAGUUUAGCUCCCUUCAAGUAUAUUUUAGAUCCAUACCAAGAUAUUUGCUAUCAUGGCAUAUAUCCUGCUUUUUCAUUUCUCACUUUGCUUUUGCACAUGUUCUUUCCUCUGCCCAUUUGUCAGCCCUCACAUUAAAGGCUAUUUCCAUGUAUUGAGAGCUACAACAGUGGAGCAGUCAUGAAGCACAAAACAUAUUUGUCCUUAUUUGAAGUUUUAUUCAAGCAUAGUUUACACCUCUAGCACAUUGGAAAGAAAAGAAUAAUCAUCCAAGGUUACUACAAAAGGUAAAAGUAACAGCUCACAUU